UUCAAUUUCAAUUCUACUUCCAAAUUCAGUGUUUGGGCUUUGCUUAACUCCGUUCCGUACUCCUUUACUUCCGUUUGACGUGUAUACAAAAAUUACGAAUUUAUUUCCCCCUGAAUUUCCGUUCUGCUAGAUCUACCCCGUUUUUAUCCUUUUUAUUCUCUUAUAUCUCUUCUUUCGAAGUCUUCAUCCGCUUUGAAACUUCCUUUACUUCUUCACAUCUUUAGAUAUUUUCUCAGAUUUUUUCUUAGUUUUGAACGGCAUUUUGUGGAAAGAUUUUCAGAUCUACUGUAAUGGAGAAACUCGGAUUUCUUACCAUUUUGUUGUUAUUGGUUCUUCAACUCGCUUUCGCUGCCGAUUCGCCGACGCCUGCGCCUGCGCCUGCGCCUUCACUAGGUGCAGACGCGUCGCCGGAACUCGCUCCUACUCCGGAGACUGGAUCUCCCGACUCUGCACCAGCAUUAUCGCCGGUGACGGCUGCAUCGCCUCCGGCGCCAAUGGCGCUAGCACCUUCAGAUCUGGCGCAAGGAGAGUCACCGGCGAGUUCUCCCGCUCCGUCCCCGGACGAGGCGAGCGAUAUCAACCACAGCAACGUCAAUGCGCAGGGAAGCGAAGAGGAGAGCGGUGGUGAUGGAGGAAUGAGCGGCGGGAAAAAGGCGGGCAUCGUUGUGGCCGUGGUGGUAGCGUUGUGUUUGGUCAUAAUCGGCGGAUUGGUUUACAAGAAGAGACAAGACAAUAUCAGGAGAUCCCAGUAUGGAUACGCCGCCAGGAGGGAAAUCCUGUGAAGAAAGAUGCGAGUUCCAGGUUAAUACAAAAUGAAUUAGAAGAGGUUAUAUUAAAAAAAUUCUAUCACUCGCAUUUGAUUUGUAUCUCUUAUAAUGAUUUUUAGUUGAACGAUUCGAAAUAUUUAUUAUUUUUUAUUCUUUUUAAGGAUUUUCCAACUAUUUUUGAUUCUUCUUCGUAGUCGACUCUUAGCCAGUCGUAUACUCUGCAUUGUCACUAUUAGUCAACGAUGUCUAUUUGUUUAGGUUUUUUAUUUAUACUAUUAUUAUUAGGCAACGAUGUUCUUGUGACGAACGAAAUAAUCGAUUGAAUUCUUGUAAUUUAAUUUAA